AAUUGGGGUGCUGGUUGUUUGGAUUCAUUUUUUUGACAUUUUUCGACAGUUCCAGCAUAGUUCCGACCAUUUCCAUACAUUUUAGCAAUAGUUCCGGCCGAUAAACAUUUUUUAAUAAUUUUUCAAUCUGACCGCUGGCACCUUAUUUUUUUAAAGUAUGUGGUGCUGGUAGUUCUGAGCAGUUUUUUGACAGUUCUCAACAGUUCUAGCAUAGUUCCGACCAUUUUCAUACGUUUUAGCAAUAGUUCCGGCCGAUAAACAUUUUUAAACAAUUUUUUAAUCGGACCGCUAGCACCUCAUUUUCUAAAAGUAUGGGGUGCUUAUUAUUUUACAGUACACACUUGAUAACAGGUGCAUCUUGUACAUGAAGGGCAAUGAAAUUUGAUAAAAUGCAUCAUGAUUUGCGAAUUUUUCGUACGUACUUUGAAACCAGUUAUGCUCAAAAACUCAAAAUGUAAUAUUUGGCCAGUACUAUAUUAUAUAUAAAAUAAUUUAAAAAAUUGUUCACAAUAUUCUUGAAAUAUUGAUGUAACAUUGCGUGGGUACUCAUUAAAGCCAUGCUGGAUUGUGAUUAGAAGCGAGAAAUGGCACACUGAGGAUUCUUGCCCUUGCAAGCCUGUGUUAUAUUUAGAGAAUGAUAGUUCUCAUAAUUUUACUUACACAAUAUUAAUGUGAACAUAUUUAUAUAUGAAUUUUUGAUUUUUCAGUUAUGACUAUCAUUAUGACAUCGCAAAAGGAAAUCCGGAAGCCCAACGAAAUCGACAAGUUUACUUAGGUUUUUUCGUUCGCCUAAGAAGAAAUCCUGAACGAAAAGAAAAAUUAAGUACGCGGAAGGAAGAAGAGGAAUGGGCCCUUGGGCCUUUAACGCACCUCUUAUCCUUGUAUCAACUCUGGGUCUUCUGUUAAAUGGCUACGUUCUCCUCGUCGUUCUCGGUCUUAGCAAACAGCAGCAGCAACAGCAGACGGCGAACACUUUAUUGCUGAUCCACUUGGGCGCCGUAGAAGCGGCAGUGUGCCUGAUACUCCUGAUUUUGGCAACUAACACGUGGUCGGACGCAAGUGCGUGGUGCGUCCUUUACGGAUUUCUACUGGCGUUGUUACACCCGGUCGCCCUGUGGACCGUCACCGGAUUAAACUGCGACAGGUAUUACGCGAUUGCCGCACCGCUGCACUACACCGCCGUGGUCUCGCCGCGCCGCGUAGUCGUCGGGCUGGCCGCCUCUUGGACGGGCGCUCUACUCCUCUGUCUACCGCCGUUCUCGGGUCUGGUGCCACCUUAUAGGUAUAUUCAAGAAUUAGAUUGCUGCGCCCUGGACUUCGGGAACGGCACCUGGGGAUACGCCGCGGCGGUCUACGGCGCUGUUUACGUCAUCCUGGGCCUGGGACUGCCAGCUGUCCUCGUUACGGUCUGCAAUUUACGCGUGCUGGGUAUAGCACGAUAUCAUCGGCACCGCAUCGCCAGCGCGAUCUACGAGGUCACCCUGAGCGCCCAAGUGACCAUCACGCAUCAACGAAAUCCAUUCUUCGUGCCAACCGUCACCGCACCCUCCGCCGGCGGACCGCCGCGAUUUCACAGUGCCGCCAGCACGGUGAUGCAACUGGUCGGCUCUCUGUACCUGCUCUACUUUCCGUAUUGCGGGUUCAUCCUCUGGGAAGCUUGCGGCGCCAGUAAUCAGCACCGCCUUCCUAAGCUCGCCUCUUUAGCGUCGCUCCUCCUCGCGUGCUCGCCGCCCAUCAACGGCCUCCUCUACGGCCUGAAAUCACAGACCCUACGACGAUCCGUGCAGAACUACUGGCGGAAAAAGGCAACUAAGUCGGAAUUGCAGCAGGAGAUACAAGCGAGAACACCGAGCGUCGCGGGCUCCAGGAGACCUUCUGGCAGCGGAAACGCUUCCUUCUUCCCAUUCCCGCCGUUACAGCGAAGGCUCAGCGACGCGUUAUUGGCCCUCGGCUCAUGCAGAACCGGGGGUAAUUUCGAGAGCAAUAAUCUGGGGUUCCAGCGCGGCAGAUUGCAACCCGCCGUAUCGUGUAAUACUCUUAGAGUGCCGACCACCGAAUCAGGUGAGCCGAGCAAAUUGGUGAGGGCGAGCGCGAGUGCCGCCAGUCUGAUGGGUCCCCAUUAUCGGAGCGACUUUAUCGGGGCGGAUUUGGGCGCGGGAUGUUCCAUAGCUAUGUGUGAGACCCCGAGGAGAAGCCCGAGGAUCCUCAUAACGCGCGCGUGCAGCGAAGAGAGCCAAGACGGAAGCAGCCCCCUUCUGAGAAAAUCCCUCAAUUCCAAUACUAAUGCACCGCCAUGCGAAAAACGUCGAUGGCGGCACUGCAGCACCGGAAGCGAGAGCAGCACAGGAAGCAGCGAUGCAAGCGUAUGGACCACCGGAGUGGCCCCGAAGUUCAGCAAGAGUAACGCAAAGAACUCGGACGGUUGGUCGUCACGUGCGCGACACGGACGCGGGAAGAAUUUAGAAGAAAGCGCCCUGUCGACUGCAAUCAGGCCGAACAAUAACAGUGAGAGCAGCGAUACGACGGAUACGACUACAGCCACGACAACAACCACUACGCUACUUAAAUCUCUUACUAUGGAGACUGGCGAGAUGAAUGAAAGAGAGAAGGAAAGAGUAAACGGUAAUAUGAAGAAAAGAGAGUUCAGCGAGAGUGAGAGCAGUUGGAGCAGUGUCGAAGAAAUUGAAACCAAAGCGGAGAGAAACGAUGAGGAUGACAAUCUUGAGAACUUGAAGGAGGAUCCGCAAACGAGACCCCCGAGGAGAAAGUCGAAAAGCAACAAUCGUGAACCCGAGGUUUCCGGAGAUCAUGAGGAGGCUGCGCAGCUGAGGCCACUUCUAACUCCCUCCUCUUAAGCCGACCCUCUUAAAUGUAUUUUCCUUUGGAUAAUCUGUUCGCGUAUUUAUGUGUAUGUAUGUGUGCGCGUGCGUGUAAAUGUACAUGUGGAACGCGAAUGAAAUAAAAUUUCACCGUAUGUAUUUAAGCGACACUAAUAUACACGACGUUCACAGGAAAUUUAUAAAUAAGCAUCUAAUUGUGACACGCUUAUUUCGUGAAUUUGCGAGAAUAAAGUUAGCUGGUGAAUUGCGAUCAGAGAGUUACUUUGAUAACUUGCAUUUAACAAUAUUCACGUUUGCGACACGAGAGCAAAGAAGAAGUAUUCGACAAAUAACUUGUUCAAGAACGUACGUUUCAUAGAUUGAUCUCAAUCUUUUACGUGUCUUAACGCAUUGUAAAAAGUUUAGAGAAAAUAUGGAUUUUAUCUUUGCAGAUCUUUACGCUCGAUAUUAAUAUAUGUAUGUAUAUCGACAUAUAUAUGUAUAUAUCUUAAAAUUAUAUUUUUUUACUUUCACUCUACAACGUUACGUGACGCGACAAUGACGCGAUAUCAUCUUUUAUAACAAAAAUCGAAAAACUGAUUAAUUGAUAACUGAUUAACACCGCUGUACCGUCGGUAAACUCGAUUUCGAGAAAUUCGUUCGCUCGUCCUCAAGAAUUAAUCAAUAAUCGUUUCCGAUCAAAUAUCAAUAAAAAAUUUGCAUCAACGACGAAUUCGUAAAAAGUCGUAAUCUUGCGAAAGUUCCGGUCCAAUUUAUUUCUAAUGUUCUGAAGCGAUUCAUAGAGACUCGAAGAAGAGCGAAGAACCACAGACGGAAGUCGGGCACCCGAGAAAGUUCUUUCGACAAAAAGUGACAACAACGUCGGAGUAAAAACUGUGAACUCUAAAUGUUGGAACGUUUUAUCGAGCGCCGAGUUACACUAUUUAAGAAAGAAAAAACUCGUAACGACACGAUGUGUUCUUUUGUAAACGUCAAAUUUCGCUAGGUAUAUAGUUACAAUAGUAGACGAAUUCUACGAUUCUUUUGUGACUGACGUCUGUAAUUAUUAGCAACGUAGACAAAGCUACAAUUAGCCAAUUAGCCAAGUAAGUAGCCAUUGGAAUUGAUCCAAAAAACUGCUUAGGGCAUAUGUGUGCGUACAAAUCUAUGUAUACAGAUACCGUCGACGUUCUCUCUGGACAUUUGACAAUGUGAUUGUAAGAACUGUUUCGUUCUGAGAUGUGAGAUUGUUAGAAGCGUGUAAGAUUCGUAUUCGGUCCGUAUUCGCAUACGCACUGUUUACGAUUGAUACCGACUAGGCUAGACCAUCUCAUUCCAAUCGUAUGUAUAUACAUUUAAUUUAUAUAUGAUUCGACCAAUGUGUUAUACAUGAUAUUUAGAUACUAUACACACACACACACGCACACGCACACACACACACACACACAUACAGCGUGGGCCAUUUUAAUCCGUACACGGUAAUAUCGCCUCAGAUAGGGGUGAUAGCGGAAAAUGCCUCAGACAAAAGUUGUUGGAUUUUAAGAGGGACAUAAGAUAAUGUCAUUGAUUUAACCUUGCACAGUUGCUUGAAGGUCACGUAAAGGUUACCUUCAAUUUGUUAACGAAACCCCCUAUUGUUUAUUGU